GAAGGACGCGGCGUUCGCCUGCCCCGUGACCGCGGCCCCGCCGGAGCCGCCUCACCCGGGCCCGCGGUGCAGCCGCCAUGGCGGGGGACAGCCCCAGCGCCCUCCCGGUGCAGCUGGUGGAGCAGCCCAGAUUGCAGAAACUGAAGGAGAUGUUUAUAUCCAAGUUUGGAUCAGCUCCUAAGUUUUAUGCUCGUGCACCAGGACGAGUCAACUUAAUAGGAGAACACAUAGAUUACUGUGGUUAUGCUGUGCUCCCAAUGGCUAUAGAACAAGAUAUCCUGAUUGCAGUAGAACCUGUACAAACUCAAGUUGUGCAACUGGCAAAUACCAAUUCUUCAUACUUGGAUUUCAGUACUAGUGUUAAUAACAUUCAGAUUAACAAAACCAAACCUCAGUGGCAUAACUACUUCCUGUGUGGACUGAAGGGUAUUCAGGAACAUUUUGGUCUCAAUAACCCAACUGGAAUGAAUUGUCUGCUAGAUGGAACCAUCCCUCCAAGUUCUGGUCUCUCUAGCUCCAGUGCUUUGGUGUGCUGUGCAGGACUCGUGACACUCAGAGCUAAUGGAAAAACCCUCUCUAAGGUGGAACUUGCAGAAAUUUGCACAAAGAGUGAACGUUACAUUGGCACAGAAGGUGGAGGGAUGGACCAGUCAAUCUCUUUUCUGGCAGAAGAAGGAACUGCCAAGUUGAUAGAGUUCAGUCCACUGAGGGCAACUGAUGUUAGACUUCCAAGUGGAGCAACGUUUGUUAUUGCUAACAGUUGUGUUGAAAUGAAUAAAGCAGCAACUUCUCAUUACAAUAUUAGGGUAAUGGAGUGUCGGCUGGCUACAAAGCUUCUCUCAAAGUCAAAAGGCUUGGAGUGGAGAAAAAUGUUGAGACUCCAUGAUGUGCAAACCAAGCUAGGAGUUAGCCUAGAGGAAAUGCUGACCAUUGUGGAGGAGGUAUUACAUCCUGAGCCUUACAGCGCAGAGGAAAUUUGUAAAUGCCUGGGAAUUAGCCUGGAGGAGCUCCACUCUCAGAUCCUUAGUCAAAACAUGCAAGAUGUUUCCACCUUUAAGUUAUACCAGCGUGCAAAGCACGUGUACAGUGAGGCUGCCAGAGUGCUGGAAUUUCAGAAGAUUUGCUGUGAAGCACCUGCCAACGCACUCCAGCUGCUGGGAGAAUUAAUGAAGCAGAGCCAUAUCAGCUGCAGGGAGAUGUAUGAGUGCAGCUGUCCUGAACUGGACCGCCUGGUCGACAUCUGCCUGGCUGGUGAAUUUCUCUGUGCAUGGCUAGUGGAAACACAUCAAAAGUUAGAAAAGCCCCAGAGUAACUUAUUACAUGGUCUUUUCCUACUUUUUCCAAGUAGAGAUCAGGAACACAGGCAAUUUGGGGCCAUUGGGUCACGUCUGACUGGAGCUGGAUGGGGUGGCUGCACUGUGUCAAUGGUGCCUACUGACAAGCUGAACACUUUCCUAAAAAAUGUAAAAAAAGCUUAUUACCAAACGGAUGGCCAAAGGUUAGCAGUGGAUAAUAACAGUCUGUUUGCUACCAAACCUGGAAGAGGAGCUUUGGUUUUUGCUGAGGCCUAAAGAACGUAAAAAUUUUAAAGAAACUAUGCAGGGCAUGUAGAACUGGCAGUACUUCCCGUGCCACAGUACAUGAACGCUUUUUCUGGUUUGUAUUGUAAUGAGCAGUUGCUAUUAUCAAAAUGUAUUUCUGAAGAAGCAAUUAAAAGAAAGCACUUUGAUUAUAAAAGUCUUUUUUUCCCCAUAUUUAAUAUAUCUUUCAGUAUAAAUACUGAUUUACUAAAACCUACUGACAGGGAAAACUGCAAUUGAAAUAAAGAUGAUGAUUUGUUA